AUGGACACUUCGAUUUACUCACAUGCGAUCGAUCUUUGGUCGAAGGCUGACCUUCCAGAUCUACAGAAGAAUCUAGACGAAAACAUUAUUUCUAUUAAAUCCAAGGAAACUGAAUCAAUUGAUUCAAGGAAACUAUUAGCUAAAGAGACCAAAAGUUUUAAGAAAAAAUCCGAAGAGGAGAAAUUAACAUCAAUCAAUAAAAUUAUCAAACAAUAUCAAAAUGAAAUUGAUUCGUUAACGAAAAGAUCCAAGUUUAGUGAAUCCAUUUUAUUCGAUAUUUAUUCCAAAGUUUCCGAAGUACCAGAUCCUUUGCCAUUAUUGAAAAAUUCUAUUAAUAGUCUAAAAGUUGAUAAUUCUAAAGAUCAAGAGUUACAAAAUGAAAUUAAUGUUUUACUAAAAGAUAAGGAAUCCCUAAAUAAUCAAUUGAAUGAAAUCAAAGAGAAGCAAAAUGAAGAAUCGACUAAAUUAAAAAAUGAAAUUGAAACGCUGAAUAAAAAAUUGGAGAUCUUGAAUAAAUUACAAUCCGAUAAAGCCAAAGAUAAUCAAGAUUCACCUCAAAUCAGUCUAUUGACUGAAGAAUUGAAUAAUUCCAUUAGCAAGAUUUCUGAUCUGGAAAAUAAAAAUAAUUUAUUAACCAAGGAUCUUACCAAAUUGAAAGAGGAUUUGGAACAUAAUAAUAUUAUAAAUGCAAAUGAAAAAACAAUCAAAAAUUUAACUAAUGAAAAUAUUAAGUUGACUAAAGAUUUGAAUUCAAAUCAAUUGCAAUUAACUUCUUUAAAAGACUCCUCGAAACGUGAAAUUGAUGAACUCAAAUUAAAUAGUACCACUUACAAAUCAGAAUUGGAUUCCAUAAGAAGAAAAUUAAAUCAAUUUCAAGAUUAUAAUAAGAUUAAAGAUGAAUUAAGUGCAUUGAAAUCUAUUGAAUUUGGUACUGUAGAAAAUGAUGAUGAUGAUGAUGAUACAAAUGAAGGGACCAAUUCAGCAAAUAAGAAUUCUUCUUCUAAAGAUAGUAAAGUAGAUUCUACACUUCUAGCUACUAAUAAACAAUUACAAAAAAAAUUGGCUGAAUUACGUGGUUCAACUGUUGAUUUAGAAGAGAAAAAUAAAAAUUUAAAUAAUCAAGUUAAUGUUUUAAAUGAAAAAAUUUCAUCCUUAGAAAAAUUAAAUCAAAAAUUAGAAUUGGAUAUUGAUAAGAUUGAAGAUAUUGAUCAAAAAUUUAAUGAUACUGCAAGUAUGAUGUCUGGUGUGACAAGACAAUUAAAUAGCCGUCCACUUGGUAAUUCCAAAAGAAAUAAUGGGGGGAAACUUUCACCAACGUCAUCUAUCGUAGGCAUACCUGAAGAAGGAGAAUUCAAUAUGAAUAAUGCCAAUCUUUUAAGUAAUAAUAAUAUCUUACCAAUUAUAACGAAACAAAGAGAUAGAUUCCGUGCUAAAAAUAUGGAAUUAGAAAAACAACUUAGAUUGAAUAAAAUAGAAUUAGAAAAAUUAAAAGAUCAACAAUCGUCCAUUCCUUCUUCUUCUACUAAUAAUGAUAUUGAAUCAAAUAUAUUGAGAAAUAAUAGUUCAUCAGGAUUAGCUGAUCCAAUUAAUAUUUAUAGAAAGGGGAAAUCAAGUAACGACUAUUAUAGAAAUAAAGAUUUGAGCAUAAUUGAUAAGUUUUUCAAUAGAUUCCUAUUAAAGAAUGAUAUUAAUAAAAAAUUAUUUAUUAUUUAUUGCAUUGCAUUACAUUUUAUUAUAAUCAUAUUAUUUGUGGGAUUUAAUAAAAUAUCAAAAGCCCAUGCAUCUUCAAUCUUAUCAAAUGUUAAUACUAAUAAUUUAAAGAUCAGUGACAAUUCUCCUGCUCUUGGUGCUGGAAAUCAUGUUCUUCAUCAGGGAAACCUUUAA